GGGCUGGGAGCGGCCCGGCUGUGGCUGGGCCGGGUGCUGUACUAUGGCAGAGGCUGCGAGCGUGGUGCCGAGGGUCUUGUAUCUGAAAGAGCGGCUCGGCCAGACCCAGGAUCCCCAAAAGAUUAUAAAAGCACUUAAGGGACUGCAGGAUUUGGAUAUUUCACUGGACAUUCUAGUGGAAACUGGAAUAGGAAAAACAGUUAACAGUUUUAGGAAACAUGCUACUGCUGGGAAUAUAGCUAAAUCUCUGGUAAACCACUGGAAAAAACUUAUUCCACCAGAAAAUGAAAGUGACCACAAGGGGAAAAUACAAAACACUGAAAAGAGGAAAGAGUUAUCAUUGGACAAGACAAAAUCAUCAGUUUGUAAGGAGAAUAAUCAUUCUGGCAAGAAUCAAACAUUUGAACCAGCCUCAGAAGAUUGUAAAAAAUCUCCCAUAUCUGUUAAACGGAAGAAGGAACAUAAUUUUACAGAGACUAAGCUAAGAAAUAAAGAUAUCCAGUCUCAUAAUAUACAUGAAAGUAAAACACAUAGCUCCAGUAGUUCUAAAAAUACUUCUCAAAGCAUCAAUCCUGAAGACGCAAAAAGUGACUACAAAGAAACAAUCUCUGUUGCCAGUAAAAAUCCUUCAGAAAAGCAUCAUUCCCCUACAGCCAGCAGAAAAGACCUAUUGCCAAAAAAAGACUCUUGUAAGGAUCUCUCCAAACAGAGAAACUCUGAGGAUCCAGGAAAAUUAAACCAAACACUUAGUAUGAAAAGCAAACCAAAGUUGCCCAGUGAUGAGGAUUUUGAGCCUCCUACUAUGUCUUUUGAAUCCUAUCUUAAUUAUGAUCAGGUUUCAACUAAAAGAAAGAGGAAGACUUGUCCUACAAGUGAACAGUCAAAAAACAACAAGGGCUGCAACCAGAAGAACUGCUUAUUAUCACAGAAAAAAUCAAUAUCCCCAGUGACAAAAGAGAGAGCGGAAAAACCACACACAUCAGAAGAUGAUCAGUCAGAAAGUCCCACUAAAAAGGCAAAGACAGCAUCACUCCAAGAUCUCCUUCAUACUCCACUACCUAAAUUGCUACCAGAGAUAGCCUUAUCUUCUCCCCCCUAUUCUAUGGAGUUCAAAGUACCAGUCAUGGAAGCACCCCCACAAACGAGUGAUACAAAUCAGUUCACCGGACGGAGAUUGAACUCUAAAAUGCAGGUUUACUCUGGCUCUAAAACAGUCUAUCUUGCAAAGAUGCUAACGCUGUAUGAACAGUGCAUCCGCGUACUUCAAAAUAACAUUGAUUCAUUGCAUGAAGUAGGAGGGGUUCCCUUUGAAAUUCUUGAGCCUGUGCUAACACGUUGUACACCAGAGCAGUUGUUUCGAAUAGAGGAGUGCAAUCCGACGUUCACAGAAGAGUCUGAUCAUUUGUGGAAGAAACACUGCCAAAGGGAUUUCAAAAAUGAGCAUCUCCUGGAGUAUGAGUCCUGGCGUGAAAUGUACUUGAGGCUCUUCAAUCAAAGAGAAGAAAAACUAAAGACCCUCACAAAAAACAUUAUUUCAGCUCAGUCUGAAAAGCCUAAAGGGCGACAGGUUAAACUGGCUUACAUACACAGUGUGGCAAAACCACCCAGAAAUGUUCGUCGGCAGCAAGAAAUCUAUGGGACAGCUGGACCUAUUGUUCAGCUUCACCCUUUAGAAAAGGGCAAAACAAAGAAUCCAGAAAGCAGAGACAGAAAUAACACCUCACCAAGCAGAAACACAACCACUAAUGUAACAAAUGGAAGUUCCAGCUCUUAUUCAAGUGGAGUGAAUCAGGAUAUUAAAAAAACUGUAAAAAAAAUUGCACCGAUGAUGAGAAAAUCUUUGAGAGCAUUCAAGAAUAGAGUUGGACCACGAUAAGUCAGUCUUGCAUAUCUGAUUAAACUUAUGUUAACAUUUGCAUAUCAUAUGUAAUAUAAAAUUGUGACUAACCUGCAUUCAGUUAACAAAGUGGUCUCUUUAAUGAAUAAAGUGGCAGAAUGCA